UGUUAGCAGGUUUUCUAUAUGGGGAAACAUUAGAGUGAUUAAUUCCUUCUUUCCCUACAUAUAGUUAAUGAUUUGCCAGCUAUAGUAUUUGCAACGGUUUAGGAUCGAUCUUUUGGGUCUAAGCCUUAUUAUAAAACGAUUUUUCAAUGUAUCGCCAUUACUUUUGGUCUUUUCUGUUCUACUCUGGGGCUAUUUAUACCUUCUCUUCAUCUUGAGGAGUACUGUUUGGUUUUAAUAAUGGAGGUUGAUGUAGAAUUAGCCAUGAUUAAUUAAGCAGACCACCUUUUUUCUGUAACAAAGCAUUAUAGACAGCCAGAGAAAGCAAAUUGUUAUUUGCUUAAACAGAAAUAUGGAUCACAGUGCAGAAGAAGGUGGUGUACUGGAGACAAUAAGAGUACAAGAGGAUGGUCAAUGUUCAAGUAAUCAGGUGCCCAAAUCAGGCUCUGAUGAAAAAUCAAUUGCAGAUGCCUACUUGAUUCAACCCACUAAGGCAAAGAUAUUUGGGACAUGUGAAACAAUAUUGCUAGCGUAUCAGACACUUGGAGUUGUGUAUGGAGACCUUGGGACAUCCCCUCUUUAUACAUACUCUUCUAUUGCAAUUGAAAAUCCUGAGGAGAAAGAUUUAUUGGGAAUUCUCAGCAUGAUAUUCUGGACAUUAACAAUGAUUGCACUUGUCAAGUACGUCUUUAUUGUUAUCAGGGCAGAUGAUCAUGGAGAAGGAGGUACAUUUGCACUGUACUCAUUGUUAUGCCGAUAUGUUAAUGUUGGCCAAAUGGCUGGCAGCCAAUUCAAGCGCCUUGAAUCAGAUUCCAGGCUGAGAUAUUUUAGUGAAAAUCAUGGGAAGAACUUGAAAUCCAAGACAAAGCAAUUGCUUGAAAACAGUCCAAUACUUCAGAGGGUUCUUCUUAUAUUUGUUGUGAUAGGGACUUGUAUGGUACUUGGGGAUGGAGCAUUGACUCCUGCAAUAUCAGUUUUGUCAGCUGUUCAAGGAAUUCAGUCCAAGGGAGGCAAUUUGAACCAGGAUGCUGUUGUAGGAAUAUCAGCUGUAAUUCUGCUGCUACUAUUCCUUGUUCAAAGAUUUGGUACCAGUAAAGUGAGUUUUAUGUUCUCACCUGUAAUGAUUAUCUGGUUCAUUACUAAUGCUCUUAUUGGUAUAUACAAUAUUAUCAAGCAUUACCCAGCAGCGUUCAAGGGACUUAAUCCUUACUACAUUGUAUAUUUCUUCCAAAAACAACAAAAAGGUGGAUGGGUACUCCUUGGAGGUGUUGUCUUGUGUAUAACAGGUGCUGAGGCGAUGUUUGCUGAUUUGGGCCAUUUCAAUAAGAGAUCCAUUCAGAUUGCUUUCACUGCUUUGGUGUACCCUGCUCUGAUUAUUACUUACACCGGACAAGCAGCUUACUUGAUCAAGAAUCCCGCAGACAUGAAAAAUGCAUUUUACGCUUCAAUCCCAAAUGAAGUGUACUGGCCCAUGUUUAUUAUUGCAACAUUAUCAGCCAUUGUUGCUAGUCAAGCAUUAAUCUCAGCAAGUUUCUCAAUUAUAAAACAAUCCGUGGCUCUUGGCUGCUUCCCUCGAGUGAAGAUGGUACACACAUCAAAGAAAAAUGAGGGCCGAAUUUACUCUCCAGAAGUUAACUAUGUCCUCAUGGUUAUUUGUCUUGCUAUUGUGGUCGGAUUCAAGGGCGGUCCAGAAAUUGGAAAUGCCUAUGGAGUUGCUGUUAUUGGAGUCAUGUUCAUUACAACAUGUCUAGUGAGCUUGGUGAUGCUACUUGUUUGGAACAUGCAUUUUCUAUUUAUUUUGCCAUUCCUUAUUAUAUUUGGUUUCAUAGAGGGAGUCUAUUUAUCAGCAGUGCUGAACAAGGUACCACAGGGAGGAUGGGUGCCAUUUGCAGUUUCAAUCUUUUUUCUGAUUAUAAUGUACUCGUGGAAUUAUGGAAGGCAGAUCAAGUAUGAGCAUCUAACACAGAGAAAAUUAAGUACAGAAGACCUUCAUAUGCUGAUUGCCAGUGUACGAUCCCGUACUCCAGGAGUGUGUUUCUUGUGCAGUGAUCUUAUUUAUGGAGUGCCACCAAUUCUGAGGCAUUACGUGAAGAAUGUGGGUUCUCUGCAUGAAAUUCUGAUUAUCUUGACCAUAAGAAUUGUUCCAGUAACAACAGUGUUGUUAGAGGAGAGAUUUCUAGUGGGAAAACUUGGGCCUAAGGGUGUAUAUAGAUGCCUCGCACAAUAUGGUUACAAUGAUGUGACACCAAGCGUGGAAGGAGAAGAUUUUCUGACCCAAGUUACCAAAAGCAUAAAAUAUCUUAUCAUAAACGAAGAACUUAAGGAUAGUAUAAAUGAUCAUCCCCGGAAUCCAAUGGCAAGGGAUAAAAACUUGGAGGCUGAAUUUGAGGAGUUGCAGCAGCUCGAGUUGGCAAACCGUGUAGAGGCUGUGUAUGUCUUGGGAAAAACCAUAUUGAGGACUGGUAUAAUGAGGGGUUUUUUUUCAGUAAUAAUAAUGGAUAUAUAUCGUUUUCUUCAGAACAACUGUAGGUCCACCAUUUCUACCAUGAAAGUUCCACCAGAUCAGCUGCUUCAAGUUGGAAUGGUAUAUGAAAUCUAGAGUUCAGUGCAGUAUAUACUUUAAAUAAAUGGAUCUGGAGAUGGACAUGAGGGAUAUCUCAAACUUUAUCUUCAGGUCUUUAGCUAAUUGGUUUUUGUCAGUGAAAUUUAUUUCUUA